AUGAGAAUCAACUCAGACACCAAAGUGGGAUGUGCCUGCAAUGGCUGCAGAGCUCGGAGAAACAAUGAUGCGAUGUCUGUGGCUCGGACCAUCCAUGGUACCUUCCCAGCCAGUUCCAGCUUUGGCUGUGGCAGUGGCAGCCCAGGUGCCAACAGCAGCAGCAGCAGCAGCAGAAGCAGCAACAGCGAUAGCGACUCUGAGCACGUCGCCAAUUCUUACGCGACUCGACUUCGUCCGCGCCCUCGCCAGCCCACGAUUCUUAUUACCCCCACGAAGACUCCGAGAAAAGGCGCUGCCAAAACCCCGCGCACGCCAGGAAACUCCGCGCACAACAACGACAACUUGACGGACACUCCCAGCGGUGCUUAG